AUGACUGACUUCAACAAUAUUGGUUACAGUGAACAAAAUAUAACUUCCAGCUUUAUAACUAGAGCUAAUACAAGGAGGAAGCCAGGAAACGUUGCACAGAGAAAGGGAGCCCAAUUGGAUGCGAAACUAUGCAUUUUCUGCAAUGAAAACCACAGCCCAGUAAAUUGUAGCCUGGACCACAACAGGAACCUGGAGAAAAUCAAAAUGGACAAGUUGUGUUUCAAUUGUCUUGGCAGACACAAAGUGGCAGAUUGCAAAUCCAACAAAACAUGCAAAAGGUGUAAUUGGCGUCACCAUACAAGUAUAUGUACACGACAGGAGGAUGCAGUGGAAAGACCUGUGCAACAACUGAAGGCCAAAGUAUCAACACCCUCAUCUAGCAUUGUAUGUCUGCAUUCUACCUCAUCCAGAUCUUCUCAAGUUCUUCUAAAGACAGCAGUGGCAGAGGUACAGUCCAGGAAUGGAACAGAAUGUCAAGCAAAUAUCAUGUUUGAUGAGGGAUCACAACGAUCAUUUAUCAACCAAAAAUUAGCAUAUGAACUCCAGCUUGAGGUAAUUGGAAAAGAAGUACUCAAUGUUGCAGGAUUUGGAUCGAAGAAAACCGAAGUACGUCACCUUGACAGAGUACAACUGACUAUCAUCGGUGAAGGAAACCAGUACAUACCAAUAGAUGUACUUGUCGUUCCACAAAUUAGUGUUCCAAUUCAAACCCACUUAGCAGAGAUAAAACAACUACCACAUCUACGUCAUUUGAAGCUAGCACAUGCCAGUCCAAGUGAUCAACCAUUUGAAAUAGAAAUACUUAUUGGAGCAGAUUACUACUGGGACUUCAUCAUGAACCAUGUAGUACGUGAUGAUGAAGACAAUAUCAACGUGGCUCAGUUCUGGGAAGUAGAAGAUCUUCCAAACAAAGUGAAUGAGGAGACAAGUGACAAAAUCCUGAAAUACCAAAAUGAAAAUAUUACUUACACAGAGGGGAGAUACACUGCACGACUACCAUGGAAAGAUGAUCACCUAGAACUCCCUACAAAUAUGAACAUUGCAAAACAAAGACUCAAAGGUGUUGUACGUCGUUUAACGAAGGAACCAGGUAUGAUAGAACUUUAUGAUAAUAUCAUCAAAGAACAUGAAAAGAAAGGCUUCAUAGAGGAAGUAAAGGAAAUAGAAACAAAUCAACAAGUCCAUUACAUACCACAUCAUCCAGUCAAGAAAGAUUCACCCACUACUCCUAUUAGGAUAGUCUUUGACUGUAGUUGUAAGGAGUCUAAAGAAGUCGCGAGCCUCAAUGACUGCCUAGAAACCAAUGCCCCUCAGCUAAAUGAUCUGACAACUCUACUAAUCAACUUUCGGAUGAAACAGUAUGCAAUCUCAACAGAUAUAGAAAAAGCGUUCCUUCAAGUUGGUUUAGAAGAGAAAGAUAGAGACUAUACUAGAUUUUUUUGGUUGAGAAAUUACAAGGAUCAAAACAGCGAAAUCAUCCCUUACAGAUUUAAAGUAGUUCUUUUUGGAGCCACAUGUUCACCCUUCAUCCUAAAUGCAACUUUGCUGAAAUUAUUUGCUGAGAACCCAUCUUCAACAACAAUGGAACUGAAAAGAAGUUUAUAUGUUGACAAUGUUCUCACCAGCUUCAACGAUGAAGAUACUUUACUAUCAUUUUACAGAAAAUCCAGGGAACUACUUAACAAGGGUGGUUUCAACCUGAGAACAUAG